AUGGUAGUGAUAAAAACCGGGUAUUGGGGUGCUGCCAGUGGAGAAAAGUGGAAAAAGUCAGAGGUCAGCAAGAAGGGGAGGCUAGCAGGAGAAAGAGAGAUUAAAGAGAAACCUAAGAAGGUGAAAAAAAGAAAAGUUAGAGGGACAGAGGAAAUAAAAUGUAGAAGAGAUGAGAAAACAUUCAACUGGAUAGCAGAAGGGGAAAGCCCUGAUGACUCCCAGAAUGUCCUGACUGCAAGGAACAUGUACUAUGGACCCAUCAGAACUGAUGACUCCCAGAAUGUCCUGACUGCAAGGAACAUGUACUAUGGACCCAUCAGAAGGAACAGAGUGGCCAAUGACUGUGACUACUGCAAUACAUACCUCACCCACGACUCUCCAUUUAUGAGAAAGACAUACUGCAGUGGUAGGAAACAGAGAGAGAAUGUGAAAGAUUACUAUUAGAAAUGGAUGGAAGAACAGGCUCAGAGCCUGACUGACAAAACAAGGGUUGCAUUUCAACAAGGAAAGAUAUUUCCUACUUCAAUCUCUGUUCCUCCGCCGGCAGGAACAAUGAUACCACCUCCCUCCAGUCUUCUGGGUCCUCCUCACCCUGGUAUGAUGCCAGCAGCCCAUAUGGGGCCCCCUCCUAGGAUGAUGCCAGUGGGACCUGCUCCUGGAAUGAGGCUGCCCAUGGGAAGCCACAUGCCAAUGAUGCCUGGGCCCCCAAUGAUGAGACCUCUUGCUUGUCCCAUGAUGGUGCCCACUUGGCCCAGAAUGACUCGAGCAGACAGAAAGGAUAGAGGGGAGGCCUCCCUAUGUCAGUUUUAUAUUACUUGUUCUACUUCACCAGGAGAUUACAAUGCUGUGACUCUGGGUGUUUUCUUCACAGGCUGA